GGUCUACAAUCUCAAACAGCUCGGCAGGAAACUCUCAAGAAAUGGACAGCGCCGAGGUCUCUACGGCCGUCAACGAGCCUCUGGAUCUGGUGAAACUGUCUCUCAGCGAGAGGGUAUUCAUCAAGCUAAGAGGAGAUAGGACAGUCCAGGGAGUGCUACAUGCCUACGAUGCGCACAUGAACCUCAUCCUCUCAGAUGUCGAGGAGACGAUCACGCUAGUAGAUGUCGGUGACGACGGGGCCGUAUCAAAUGUCAGGUCGGUCGCCAGGAACAUGGAGAUGCUUUUCGUUCGAGGCGACGCCGUGAUCAUGAUCUCGCCAAUUCGAUGAGAAACAGGAAAACGAACUUCUACGAAAAGACCUUUUGGCUCGGGAACGGCCGUUCCUCCCCUGUAUUACCUCUUCAUCGAUAUCGUAUCAACCCAUGCACCCAGACGGAAGGAUCGAAACUCCUUGCCGUCAAACAUAAAGUGGGACGCUCUCUGUCUUCGAAUCGAAGCCGUUAUCCUGGGCAUCGUGCAACACACAACGUAUACGUUCUACGGCCUGUGGUUUGGGACAGCAGCCGCGAUAGCCACGUUCAGAAUAGUAGCCACGAUCCUUCCUCUGAUGGCUAAGACAUGGGGCGCAUGAGAAGCCUCUUCCGUCAGAGCGGAGGGAGCCUUGGUUCAGUGCAACGUACAAGUCGGGUCUGCAGGUGUAUCGUUGCGCUGGCUUCAAGGUUGUCUGAGAA